AUGGGCAACAAAGUGUCGCCCUCAAGUCGUAACGAUACGCGGCAGCAACAACACUACAGGAAUGACCCUGCCAAGUCGCCUGGACAUGACAAACACGUCUCUAUUCGUGAGCGGCUGUCGCACUUCACCUGGAGCUGGUUCGAAUGUACGAUGUCAACAGGCGCCAUUGCGACUUUGCUUUCCCAGCAGCCAUUCGAAUUUCGUGGAGUACUCACUAUAGGCAAGAUCUUCUUCAUCCUGAAUCUGAUACUUUUCGUCCUAUUCUCAUGCCUAAUCACUUUCCGCUUCGCCAUGCGGCCAUCUGCACUUACUCGAUCGCUACACCAUCCGCAUGAGAGCUUCUUUUUCGGCACAUUCUGGGUCUCUAUCGCCUUGAUAUUAUACAACACUCAACAGUAUGGCGUACCAAGCUGUGGGCCGUGGCUUGUCAAAGCGCUCGAGGUGUGCUUCUGGCUUUUCGCCGGAUGUGCUAUGCUAGUUGCGAUCUUUCAGUACCAUGUCAUAUUCGAUGUUGAGCGACUGCCUGUUGAGCACGCAAUGCCCGCCUGGAUACUGCCAGUCUACUCCUUCCUCAUUCUUGGGCCAUUGGGAAGCACUCUUGAGUACAGCCAACCACAGGCAUCGGCGCUGCCAAUCUUCAUCGGAAGCAUACUAUUUCAAGGACUGGGAUGGAUGUUUGCCUUCUUCAUAUAUACAAUCUACCUGACCAGGCUUAUAUCGAACGAACUACCUGAGCCCCCCAAGCGACCGGGCAUGUAUGUUGCUGUGGGACCGGCUGCAUAUACAUCUAAUACGCUCGUGGCUCUGGCUUAUCAAGCACCUAAGGUCAUACCAGACGACUUUCUCGGCAUCACAACCUUCGCGGUCGGGGAUGUAUGGAAGGCGAUCGGUGUACCAGCUGGAAUAUUCUUCUGGCUCUUAGCCUUCUGGUUCUUCGCUUUGACCACCGUGAGCGUGCUAUUUGGUGCUCGACAGAUGCACUUCACAAUGCAGUGGUGGGGCUUCAUCUUCCCAAACGUGGGUCUGACGAUCGCCGCGAUCUACAUAGGCAACGUGCUUGAGAGCAAUGGUAUUAAAGCCGUGACCUCGGCCAUGAGUGUGUUGUUAGUGGCGAUAUGGCUCUUCACGACGGGAAUGAACGUACGUGCAGUUUGGAAGCGCCAAGUCCUGUGGCCAGGUAUGGAUGAGGAUAUGGAAGACAUCGAAGGCCACAGCCAGGACGAAGACAAGGGAGACUGA